UGACAACAUGGACUUAACCGAAGACUUGCAGUGCUCGUUAACGGAGCAACGCCGAGAGCUCGCGGCGGCGGAAUCCAUGGAAUCCGACCUCGACUUCGCCUUCCGUCUCCAGAUGGAGGAAGCCCUCGCCGCCUCCCAGGAAGGCCACCCCUCUUCUUCCUCCGCCGCCGCUGCCGUCGUCGAAGAAGAGCCCGUCGUUUUGAAAGCCACCACUCUCCAAUUCGAGGAGCUGACGAGGUUGGAGCGCGAAAUCAAGGACCGCGAGCAGAGCGAGAUCGAGAUGCGCAAGAUUAGGGAGGAUCUCAGCCGUCGGAUUCACGACCAGAAGGUGGCGAACGAGAUUCUCAGGAUCCCCGAGGCCGAUUGGGAGCAAUGGGGCGAUAAUUUCGAGAAGCCGUUCGGCGAGGGUUGUUCAUCCGGUUCGAAGAAGGGUGUGAUCGACGAGGGUUCGGUUUUUAGGGUUUACUUCAAGGGUUUAGUGAGCGAUGAGAGUUUGAAGGGUGAGAAGCUCGUGUUGGCUGGGAUUGGUGUUGCAAUUUGUGACCCUAGUGAUAAUUUGAUACUCGAGAUUUCGAAGCCACUGGUUGGUAAUGGAACCAACAAGGUUGCUGCAGAGGCUAAGGCUUUGAUUGAAGCCUUUAAUGCUGCAAUUUUUUUGGACUUGAAACGUGUUACAUAUUGUUGUGAUUCUUAUCCCCUGUUUCAAUUUCUAAAUGGGAAAUGGCCUGCGAAACGGAGGAAGAUUGCUAUACUUGUUAAUCAGGUGAAUUUGCUUCAAAGAAAUUUUACUCAUUGCAGUCCAAGGCUUUUGGCUAGAAAUGAUGUUAAGUUUGCAUUUAAGCUUGCAAAAGAUGCAAUUGUUUCUCAGUCCACAAAGCCUGUGGAAUCUGGCUGUAGUAGAAAGAAUCUGAAUGAAACUUGUGUCAUAUGUUUGGAGGAUACUGAUAUGAAUCAAAUGUUCUCAGUUGAUGGCUGUAAACACCGUUAUUGCUUUUCUUGCAUGAAACAACAUGUCGAGGUGAAGUUGCUUCAAGGAAUGGUGCCAAAAUGCCCUCAUGAAGGAUGCAAUCAUGAGCUUCUAGUUGACAGCUGCAGGAAAUUCUUGACUCAUAGAUUUGUUGAGACCAUGCAGCAACGAAAAUUGGAAGCUUCAAUUCCUGCUACUGAGAAAAUUUAUUGUCCUUAUCCGAGAUGCUCUGCUUUAAUGUCGAAAACUGAGGUUUUAGAGUACUCCAAUAAUCUUAUUGGUCACUCUGAACAAUCAGGACCCAAGAAAUGCAUAAAAUGUCAUGGUCUUUUCUGUUUCAGCUGCAAGGUCCCUUGGCAUAGUGGUAUGACAUGUUCUACUUACAAAAGGUUGAAUCCUAAUCCUCCUGCGGAAGAUGUGAAGCUGAAGUUUCUGGCAACAACAAGUCUAUGGCGGCAGUGCUUGAAGUGUAACCAUAUGAUUGAACUUGCUGAAGGUUGUUAUCACAUGACUUGCAGAUGUGGGUACGAAUUUUGCUAUAACUGCGGAGCUGAGUGGAAGAACAAAAAAGCAACAUGUUCUUGCCCACUUUGGGCCGAGGACAAUAUUUGGUUACAGGAUCGUGAGAGGGAGUGGGAAGAAGAUGAUGAUGAUGACGACGACUAUUAUGACUCUGAUUCUGAUGAAUUUUAUUAAGUAGCUGGCCGAUCCGGUCCGUUUUACAUCUAGUAGAUAUUAGGAAAAUGUGACUGUCUUUUGUUUUCUUUCUCCUGAUUUUCCCGGUGAUUUCUCUCUCUUUCUCCCAAAACCCAGUACAGAGUAGCUGGAUGUACCCUAAGUUCGGAUUUUUUGAGGAACAUAUUGAGAGAGAAUUGGAUUUGGUUAGAAAAUGUGUCCUUGGUAAACAAGGAUCGAUUUUUUAACAAGGUACCAAAUGUAUCUUCAAAUAUUCAAUAUAAUUUUAUGAGAUCUAGU